AUGAGCAAGAGGUUUGCCCGGGCGGCCGUUCCUCGGCCAGCACAAGCCAAUCCGUUUGAACAGGGCGGCACCGCCAAGGAAUCCAGGUCUGCUUUCUCCAAGCUCAUGUCCAACAAUGCCGAGGACUCGGCAUGGGCCACGGCCGCGGCAGCAGAGCACGCAUCUCGCGGCCGGCCAGCCUACGAGCGGACUUGUCCGUUUUACAAAAUCAUUCCCGGUUUCAACAUUUGCGUCGACGCAUUCCGCUACGGGGCUGUCAAGGGAUGCGAGGCCUACUUCCUCAGCCACUUCCACAGCGACCACUACAUUGGCCUGACAGGCAACUGGAGACAUGGCCCGAUUUACUGCAGUAAGGUGACGGGCAGUCUAGUCAAGCAGCAGCUGCGCACCGCGUCCAAGUGGGUUGUUGAGCUAGAGUUCGAUAAAUCCUACGAUGUUCCUGGAACAGGCGCCACGGUCACCAUGAUUCCAGCUAACCACUGUCCGGGGAGUUCCUUGUUCCUCUUCCAAAAACCCCUAGGCGCAGGCCCCAAGGUCGGGACGCGGCGAAUACUCCAUUGCGGCGAUUUCCGUGCAUGCCCUGAACAUGUCGGCCACCCUCUUCUCAAGCCAGACGUCGUGGACUCAAUCACGGGGAAGUGGAGACAACAAGCUAUACACAUGUGCUAUCUCGACACAACGUACUUGAACCCGAGAUAUUCCUUCCCACCCCAGGAGGAAGUCAUCAAGGCUUGUGCAGAUCUGUGUGCGUCCAUGUCGCCGGAUCCCGACUGCAAAGACGACAUCUGGGAGCACUCUGCCCAGGCAAGCGGAAUACAGACCAUGAGCAAGUAUUUCCAUAGCUCUAAAGUGGAUCAGGGCGGCAAGACGUCCAACAGCAAGAAGCUAGGGCAGCGCCUUCUUGUUGUCUGUGGGACUUAUUCGAUUGGCAAAGAGCGAAUCUGCAUCGCGAUUGCCAAGGCACUCAACUCCAAGAUAUUCGUCAGUCCUGGCAAGAUGAAGAUAUGCAAGCAGUUGAGAGACCCGGAGCUCACGGCGCUGCUCACCUCCAGCCCCGUCGAAGCUCAGGUGCACAUGCAGUCGCUCAUGGAGAUCCGCGCCGAAACGCUCAAAGAUUAUCUGACCAGCUACAAGCCGCACUUUAGCCGCAUCGUCGGGUUCCGACCAAGCGGCUGGACCUUUCGGCCCGGGAACGGCAAAGUGAUGGGGGCCAACACGCCCCCGAGCAGCAUUCCCAUGCAGCACAUUCUUCACGGCAAGGGGUGGAGGACGAGGUUCGGGUACAAGGACCUUGCGGCGCAGAGGGGCAGCACCAAGGAAGCCAUGUGUUUUGGGGUUCCGUACUCGGAGCACAGUAGCUUCCGGGAGCUGGCCAUGUUUGUGAUGAGUCUGCGGAUCGAAAAGGUGAUUCCCACGGUCAACGUGGGCAGCGAACAGUCGAGGAAAAGGAUGAAGGGCUGGAUCGACAGAUGGAUGGCCGAGAGGAAACGAGGCGGUCUCGUCAGGCCCCUGAUAGAGGGCGUGGAUGGCGAGGAUGGCAAGGUGGUGGAAUUGUGGGAGGGCAAGACAGCACAAGGAGGAGGCGCCUGGUGGUAG